AUGCGCGCUCCUAAUCAUGACCAAGUGAGCCUUGUGCAAGCGCUUGUAUACAAGUUCUUCGAUGUCUUUGACGCCACAAAAGACUUGUACCAGACCCUGACGAUCAAGGAGCAACGAGAUUACGAAGAGACGCUGCGGUCCAAAGGCUAUCCUAGCUCAAGACGGAUAGAGUAUGUCCAUGAUGAGGCAUUGGGAAGUGAAAAAGGCAUCACCAUGGAUAAAGCGGCAGUCAAACGUCAAUUCGAGAUUGGCUAUUCGACACUUGGUGCAGAGUUUGCCAUAGGCGACGCAUCAUCUACUCCAAUUGCUGACCCUGCAUUCGCCAAUCAAAGACUCAUUGCUACGUUCUUGUAUGGACCCACAUCAACCGACUCAAUCUCCAGUCAGCUAGCAAAUGUCAACGCAGCAUCGAGGACGGCAGGGAUGGCGACGGUUGAUAUCCUGAAAGACUUGCAGCAUCGGCAGGAAGGACUGCUGCCAUCCGCUCCUCGUUCGAUACACGCACAAACCGCCCGUCCAUCCUUUACGCAUGAACCAUCUCAGCCAUCUGCUGCUAGCGGUGAGAGGUCCACCUCGACAGCCCUGAUGAAGUACAACCCGCCGGCGCCACCACGAAGCGGUAGUCCAGUCAAUACAACUACGCUCACCUGGAGAGGUAGACCGAAAUCCGAGAGGACUGAUACAGACACGACGUCGAUGACCGGUCCCACAUCCAUGGGAUUGAGCUCGACACCUAAUGGCCUGUUUUGCCUAUAUGCCAGCGACUUGCAGCGGCACAGAGAUCAAACCCUUGCCUCCAGCAUAACCUCUGACUCAGUACCAAGCUGCCCACACUGCAAGGGAUCGCUUCAUCUGUCAGCCGGAAAAGCGUGGGAGAUUAUAAAGGAAGAUGAUGGUUUCGAUCGGUGUUUCCACGUUUCCAACCGCUUCGUGGUCAAAUGCCACAGGGAUGGUCCAGAUGGACAGUAUGCCUGUGUCCUCUGCGCGGAAAGCGGAUCGAACCACACGAUUUGCGGUGAUGUAAAGGCCCUGGUGAAGCAUCUCUGGUCUGAUCAUUCGAUUCGCGAUUUGAAGCACGAAGAAGACAUUGUAGAAGUCAUUGAGCAGCCGGCCGACAGCCGACGCGACAGCGGGCUCGGGCACUGUACAUCACGGAGCAGUAGACGAAGUAGCCUAGCGUCUAGUAGAAGACGCAAAAGUCUGCCGGCAUAUGAGCGCGAAGUUGAUAUUUUCGAUACCAGGUCGCUGAGGCGUCGUGUGUAA